AGCCGGGUGGGAGGGGGACCCCGAGGGUGGGGGCACCCUCAGGGCACUAUAGUGCCAGGAAAACGAGUAUGUUUUCCUGGCACUAUAGUGGUCCUUUAACACUUCACAUUCUAUCUACAACAAUAUAAUGUUCUUUCUUAUCAAAGGGUACCACGGAGCAGAAGUGAAAGAUUGCCGCAUGAAACCAGUUUACUGUUAUGGUGGCAUGAAAAUGUGUCUUUAUCAUAUGGAUACAGAAUAUUCUUCUAGUUUAAGAAGUAUUCCUUCCCCUGAACCUGGAGCAUCAGUAUAUUAUUUAGAUAAAUUACCUCAUAGGAUGUGUGCAGACCCUACUGGAAAGAUAUUUGGUAAUCUCUUGAGUUCUAGGCAAAUAAAUUGGAGCAACAGCCAAAGACCCCAUGUUUUGGUUUUUUCCCAGCUGUCUAAAAAUGUGGAAAUUACAUUUCUGUGUUAUUACAGACAAUUUUGUCCAACCUGGUUGGCUGUGAUAGGAUGAAUGUGCUGGAGUAUGCUGGCCCAUAUACCUAUAUCCCCUUAAGGACCAAACUUCUGGAAUAAUAGGGAAUCAUGACGUGUCACACAUGUCAUGUGUCUUUAAGGGGAUAUACACACUCACUGUUACCUCAUUAAUACAAAAACAUUCUCUUUUAUGCAAUUCUAAAUAUAAAAACUGGGAAUAUGAACAUAUACACACAUUCACCUUGCAGAUAGAUGAAUUACCAUAUAGCCGUGUUAGUAGUGCAGUUAUUGUAUCUAACUCACAACUCUGAAUGAAAUAUGUAGAGCUUUAAAAUCUGGCCUGUUUAUAGCUUCAGUGACUGAAAUGGCUGUGUAGUGGAAAUGUUUAUUUAGGGUGUUAUAUGUAGCUCUCCUCCUUUUAGAUUUAAACGGGUAUUACCAUUAUUUGCAUAAUUGAUGUGUCAAGGCUUUGUGUCAAAUGCAGAUAUUGCUAAAAUAUUUUUUUGUAGAGGGUCGAGUAGCAAGGAGAUGCCUAAGCAUUCAGUGUCUAAACACAGUUGAGAUUUAAAUCCUGUGCGCUAUAUUAUUACAAAAUUGCAUUGCGGUGUUAGUUUUACGUAUAUCUAUUUUGUUAAACAGGAAUAUUUGUUAAAUGAAUAAUAUAGUGUUGGAAAUAAAAAGCUGUAUCCUUUACACUAUUGUGCCCAAUGUUAUCAGGAGGGGAAACCUGGUGCGCAUGCGUGGCAAGGCCAUCCCCAUAGUAAAGCAUUAAAUCAAUGCUCUCCUAUGAGGUUUUUCGAAAUGCUGGACAUUCUCGUGCAAAGUGCAAGGACAUCCAGUGUUGUUUCACUGAGUUAAACUACGUGAAACAGUAGGAAGCAUCUCUAGUGGCUGUCCACUGGAGGCAGUCUUAACCUGGUGAUGAAAACAUUUCAGUUUCUCUAAAACUUUAAUAGUUAACAUUGCAGGGCUAAUGGGACAGGAACAGUGGUCCCAGACCACUUAGAUGAGAUGAAGUGGUCUGGGUACCUAUAGUGUCCCUUUAGAUAAAUAUAUUACAUAUAUAUUUGCAAAGUAACUUUUUUUUUUAUGUACCUUUAACAUCAUUUUAGAGAACCAACCAGCUGUCAGCCAAGUUUUCAAAUGCACACACAUGCAUGUGACUUACAUCAGGUGCCAUUUCCUGCAAAGCCAGCAUCCUUUUUUUUUGUCUCAUAAGAAAAUGUAAGGAUCUUAUAGGAUUUUGCAUGAUAGAAGCCAACUGUAUUAAAUGGGUACAAAAAUAAAUCACUAUUUAGAAAAUAUACCCCCAAUUAAAACAGGCAUGUAUUUAAUUAUGAAUUUUUAAAUUAUUAUUUAAAAUCAGCGGUAUAUCUAAAAACUGCAGCCUUUCCAAGCCCUCCCCUUCUUCCCCAGCCCAUAUUUUCUGUGACUGUCCAACCUCAUAUUUUCCAGCAUUGUCUGAUUGACAGCCAGGGGGUGUAACAAUGUUAAUUUUGAAGCCCAUGGAGCAACGCAGUGGGGGAGUGGGCCUUGACAGGGCCAGAGAGUGGGCAGGUGAAGUUAAGAUCAGGGGGUGUGGAAAAUUAAUAUUGGGUUUGGGGGGAGGACAGUAGGGGUUUAAAUAACUGGCAUUUUAGUGAAGUGACCAUCUUAAUCAAAACCUCACUUACUUGUUACUUGUGGCAGGUCUGUGUGGUUUGUUUUCUCUCUUUCAGGUAUGGACUCUGCUGAAGAAAUCCUGGCAGGUGUCCGAGCAAUGGUGAAGGAGAAGGGGAUGGCAUGGCUACAGGAACAAUUGGGGGUCCCGAGUAUGUCUGCUCACCCCCCUGCAGUGUUGGAGAAGAGGCCAAGGAGAAGAGCACGACUGCCCCAAUAGUUCAGCCCAGGAGCAGCACCGGCAGUGAGGAGGUGCCUGAGUCCAUCAUCACGUGGAGCGGGAGUUGCGGCCCAGGCGAUGGACGGGCCAAUGGAAGGGAGCGCAGGGAGGAUGGGCGGGGAAGACAGCAUGUGGACAGACUACCCAGGUUAUCUCCUCCCGGCAGGUCAAGGAAUGUUUCACUUACAGUCUCGAGGAGGGACAAGGAGGACAGGAGUCGGGGCAACAGUAUUCUCCGGAGCCUGGCAAGGCGGAUGGAAGAACAGCAACCCCGCGGCCGGUCACGAUCGGGGGCACUAGUGGUGAGUCACAAAUUGCACCACACACUGGGACUUUACUGGGUUGCUUAAAAUCUCUGCGGUUCGGAAGGGUAUGGUCAACAGAGGGCGGGAGAGAUAAGGAGCAGGGGGCUGAGGUGACAGUGGCCCGCAGGUUGCGUGUCGGCGAAGCCGGCGAAGGGGUGACGGUAGCCGAGAAGGCAGACGGAUCGGGACAGCAGGGUGUGGCAAGAUAGCGGACGUGGCACGGCAAAACGUGCAUGUGUCCUUCGCGGGGCCGUUGGGAUGUCACUUGAAAGCUGAGGUAAAAGAUAAAAUUGGGAGAGGGGAAUUCAUGGAAAUCUUCUCAUUGCUCCCGCUCGAGGAAUUCCUCGACUUAAAGGAGGAGUAUAAGAAAGAUGCCAAAAAAGAGGGGGAGGAGAAAAAGCGGCAGUAUCAAAAGAUACCGAAGACUUUUGGGAACUGGCUCAGGGACUUUUGUAUUUUGGCGAGCGUAGUCGGGGAAAAGUCCCCAGAACGAUGCUCACAGCUCUUUUGUUAUUUAGACGGGAUAGGGGACGCCUACAGGACUUAUGGGGGCUUGGCAUGGUGGCGGUACGACAAAUAGUUUCGCCAGCGGUUGGCUGCGAAUCCUAGCAUAAGGUGGGACGAGAUGGACCUACCUUUAUGGAUGAAACUAAUGAUGACGCAGAAAAAGGAGCCCUUUCAGGGGACAGCCGUUACAGCCACAGGAGACGCCGUGUCGGCCGGACAGAAAAAGGAGUUCUGCUGGCUCUACAAUGAGGGGCAAUGCAAGUGGGGGGCUUCGUGUAGAUUUAAACAUGAAUGUUCCGGAUGCGGGGGCAAUCACGGAGUCAACAGGUGCUUUAAAAAAGGAAAAUCUAACCUUGGGGGUACAGCAGGGUCAACAGCUACGGCGGCUGCAACUGGGAAAGUCGCCGGUGAGGGUCAGCGCGAUGCUGCCUUGGCUAAGGCAGUACGUUAACCAGGAAGACGCGAGAUUCAUAUGGCAAGGGUUUACGGAGGGUUUUGUUAUCCCAUUCAGGGUCAAGGGACCGGGAACCAUGUGCGCAAACCUUAAAUCAGUUCGGGAACACCCAGGGGUAGUGCGGGAGAAAUUAAUGAAAAAAGUCCAAAUGGGGAGGAUGGCGGGGUCGUUUCCAUCCCCGCCUUUAGACGAUUUGCGGGUGGUCCCAAAGAAGGAGGUGGGCAAAUUUCGCUUGAUACAUCACUUAUGGCACCCGCAAGGGACUUCAGUAAAUGAUGAUAUCGACGCAGCCCUGUGUUCUGUAUCCUAUGCAUCAUUCGGCCAUGCAGUCGAGUUGGUUCGGAGAGCUGGACACGGGGCAUUGAUGGCGAAGGUGGAUGUGGAAGUAGCAUUUCGGCUGCUCCCCAUACAUCCGUAAUGUCACCAUCCACUGGGGUGUUUCUUCGAAGGGGGUUUAUUCGUAGACGGAUGUCUACCAAUGGGCUGUUCAAUCUCGUGUUCCUAUUUUGAAAUGUUUUGUGCUUUUUUGGAAUGGGUGGUGCAACGGGAGUCGGCCGGGGGGGCAAUCGUGCAUUACCGCGACGAUUUUUUGUGCGUGGGACUGGCGUGAUCCGAGCCGUGUGGCCAGAUAUUGAAGGUAUUUCAGUUGGUGGCACACUCUUUUGGGGUUCCCCUGGCAGGGGAUAAGACAGUUGGCCCCACCUCAUGCCUCAGUUUCCUCGGUUUGGAGAUUGACACGGUGGAAGGCGAAUGCAGAUUACCCGUGGAUAAACUACAUAAGCUUUGUCAGCUAGUGGACAUAGUGAGGUGUGCGAGAAAGGUGACUUUACAGGGGCUGCAGUCCCUAUUGGGGAGUCUAAAUUUUGCAUGUCGAGUGAUCCCUAUGGGCAGGGUCUUUUGUAGGCAGCUGGCUCGGGCGACGAGUGGGGUACAGCUUCCAAAUCAUUAUGUUAAGGUUUUGGUGGAUAUGAGAGCGGAUCUGGAGGUAUGGGAAAGGUUUCUAAAAGAAUUUAACGGUAAAGUGUUUUUUCGGGAGCCAGGGGUAUCCUCCAAGGCCAUGGGCCUGUUCACGGACGCUUCGGGGAGCGUGGGAUUCGGGGCUUAUUUGGCGGGACAAUGGUAGUAGCGGUGGCGUUAUGGGGCAAACAGCUCGCAAACAAAAAAGUGGUCUUUUAUUCAGAUAAUAUGGCAGUGGUCCAGGCUAUCAACGGUUUGUUGGCAUCAUCGCUUGCAGUGGUACGGUUAUUAAGGCAUUUGGUACUUCUCUGUAUGUCUAGCAAUAUCAUGUUUAGGGCAAGGCACGUACCGGGUUUCUUGAAUAUAGUGGCUGACGAGCUGUCUCGUUCACAGUGGGAGCGUUUUCGGGAAGCAGCUACGGAGGCACAGGAGGAGGAACUGGCCUGUUCAGAAAAAAUGUGGCAGCUCGGGACAUCAUGCUUGGGGAGUUCAUAAGGAGUUCCCUGGCGCCGGGCACUUGGGCAGCAUACGAAAAGGUUUGGCACAAGUGGGAAGAGACAGUGGCGCAAGUGGGAGGGCACCUUUUAGCAGGGCAUCGGCUAGACAUGUUGUUAUGGGUACUGUGUCGACUAUUCACUAGAAAGGCGUCUCCAGCUAUGAUAGACAGGCACAUGUCGGCGUUGGCUUUCUUAUUCAAGUUUAACGGAUGGGAGGAUACAACGAAACACUUCCUGGUGAGGCAAGAGGUUUUCGGAAGGGUAAAAAAUCAGUGGAUACGAGUAGGCCGGUGUCAUUUGCGGUGCUGCAAGAGCUAGUGGAGGCUCUACCGACCUUAUGUUACUCAGCCUACGAGGUAGUGUUAUUUUCCGGGGCGUUUGUUUGGGCUUUCUUGUGGGCAUUUCGAAUUGGGGAGCUUAUCAGCGUCAACAAAGCGGGGGUUGGUGGACUGCGGUGGGUAGACGUGGCGGUCGGCAAGGAUAGGGUGCUGAUUAAGUUGGGCCGCUCGAAAACAGACUUUUCGGUAAGGGAUGCUCGGUGACAUUGUUUGAGUUGCCAGGGUCUAGGGUUUUCCCGGUGGCUUGCAGUGCCGAUUUAUUGGAAGUUCGCCCCAAGAGGGAAGGCUGUUUCUUUAUUCAUGCUGAUGGUACGGCGUUAUCCCGUUUUCAGUUCGUUAGGAUAUUUCGCUCUGGGUUAGUUAAGUUGGGCCUGGACCCAAUGCAGUUUGGGACACAUUCUUUUAGAAUUGGGGCAGCAACGGAGGCGGCACGUCUAGGUCUGGGAGAUGAGUGGAUCAAGCGGAUAGGGAGGAGGGAAUCCUUUCGGUUCCGCACGUACGUUAGACCUGACAGGUUGGUGUAACGGGGGCUGGGGCGUUUACUGUUAGGGUUGCUCUGUUGUUCACUGUUUUAUCUAUUUUAGGUCGGUUGGUAUGGCUGAUUGGACAUUCAUACGUGUAAUGGGCACAGACGAGGGCCGCAGUGAGAAGAAACGGAAUGAAACUGGGCUUUCCUAUGGAGACGGUGGUUCUAUUUUGAUGGGAUUCAGGGGUUUCAGUUGGCAGAGCAUCAGAAAGGAAUUGUUUUAAAGGAUAAAAAGGGGGUUAUUCCCAAAUGUAAUAUUGGUUCACGGUGGGGGGAACGACCUAGGCUUGAUCCCCCAGCGAGAACUGUUGAGGAGGAUGAAAAGGGAUUUGGAUCGGCUGCGGGAACUGGUUCCUGGCGUGGUAGUGGUUUGGUCAGAGAUGGUGCCUCGUUUUACUUGUAGACACGCCAGGGAUCUGGCUGCUGUGGCAUGAUGUAGGGCCAAGGUCAAUAAGACCAUGGCGGUUUUUGUUAGAAGGAUAGGUGGCAUGGUAGUGCGGCACCAGGAGUUGGAGGGCAUGCUGCCCGGGUAUUUUAGGAAGGAUGGGGUGCAUUUGUCAGACGUGGGUUCUGAUUUGCUUAAUUUGGGUUUCCAGGACAGUAUUACCAAGGCCCUGUUUCUGUGUGGUGGGGGUCGCACAUGAGCUUAAGGGGGUCAAGUCAUGUGCUGUGGCGGAAUAGGGUGUGGGUUAAAGAGGAUUUAGGUGGAAUAGGAAGUGAGCAGGCCAAGGUCUAGGUUGAAGUAUGUCGGAGUGGAAAGUGGUUGGUAGGUUCAAGCUCGUUGGUGGCUACGAACCUGGGGGUGUAGGGGUGUCUGGGUACACCCCUACAGUUAAACAUAUGGUUAGGGGGCCUCUUGGUUAGGCCAUGUGUAAAACGUUAUGCAUUAUUGGAAUGUUAAUUAUUGUUAUUUGGUAGGGUCUUUGUCGGGGGUAUUGGGCAGGAAGGUCGGACGUAAUUAAUACUUGUGACAAUGACCCUAAAUUGUUAAAUUAUAUAAUUAUUAAUAAAGCUGUGGACUUUAUACUCCAACAGAAAAUUGGUGUCCAAGUGUCAUUUAAUUAUGGGUUUAGCACAUGCCGAAUAACGACUGUGCACAUGUCAUGAAGCCCACGGAGCAACGCAGUGGGGGAGUGGGCCUUGACAGUGCCAGAGAGUGGGCAGGUGACGUUAAGGUCAGGGGGUGUAAAAAAUUUAUAUUGGGUUUGGGGGAUGGACAGUAGGGGUUUAAAUAACAGGAUUUUUAGUGAAGUAGCCAUCUUAAUCAAAACCUCACUUACUUGUUACUUGUCCCUCCCACCCUCCCUUUGGUUUGAGGCAGUUUCCCGUUUGGUCACAGCGCCGGUAAUAGGGCGUGGGUUAAAGAGGAUUUAGGUGGAAUAGGAAGUGGGCAGGCCAAGGUUUAGGUUGGAGUAUGCCGUGGUGGAAAGUGGUUGGUAGGUUCAAGCUCGUUGGUGGCUACGAACCUGGGGGUAUAGGGGUGUCUGGGUACACCCCUACAGUUAAACAUAUGGUUAUGGGGCCUCUUUGGUAGGCCAUGUGUAAAACGUUAUGCAUUAUUGGAAUGUUAAUUAUUGUUAUUUGGUAGGGUCAUUGUGCAGGAAGGUCGGACAUAAUUAAUACUUGUGACAAUUACCCUAAAUUGUUAAAUUGUUAAAUUAUAUAAUUAUUAAUAAAGCUGUGGACUUUAUACUCCAACGGAAAAUUGGUGUCCAAGUGUCAUUUAAUUAUGGGUUUAGCACAUGCCAAAUAACGACUGUGCACAUGUCAAGAAAAGUGCCAAUUUCUAUUGAAAUCUGCACUUUUCUUAAAAUUAAAAAACAGAGGACACACUCUUCACACACAAAUCAAUUCAGCACGCUAAAGUGAUUUAGGUAUUUGGAGUGUCCCUUUAAUAUAGGACAGUUGCAAACGUGUUAAGUGUUUUCAGAUAGAUGCUGCUUUAAAUUGCUAGCACACAUCGUUACCAUUCAGAAGAUGAGGCUCAGGAGAUUCUCGGACUGUAGCAUGACAAUAUCAAGCAAACAGCAAGGACUGAUAAUCAGGCUGUUGUCAGCAGUGUAUGAAAAUCAAGUUGCUCCUAGCAGUAAGUUUCUGCCGGUGAAG